CUGCAGAAUGCCGAUCCGAGCUUACUGCACAAUCUGUUCGGAUUUCUUCGAUCACUGUAAAGAUGUGGCGGCGAUCCACUGUGGCCACACCUUCCACCAUGAAUGGUGAGAUUUUUCUGCCGCGUUUCAAGACGUGCAAAACUCAUAACUGUUCAUGGGGAAACUCAACUGUUACAGGUUUUCAGAUGCUAAAUAUCUGAGGGUUACUUUUCACUUUAUGCUCUGUGUCAACAACAUCAUGUUCGCGAGAAUCGCGUGGCCCCUACAGUCACACACAGUGAUCAGAGAAAGAAACGUCACGUGGACGACGUGUGGAUCUUCGCUGUGGAUCUUCGCUGUGGAUCAUCAUCUUCUGCACUCGGCGCUUUCGCGGGACAGCGCGGAUCUCUUCUCCAGUGGUUCCAGACAGCUCCCAGUAAGACCUGUCCACAGUGUCGGAAACAGGUUUGUGACGUCGUCUUUCCUGCACGUGAGGGGAAAAUGAGCAGAGAAGUGCAGGGAAGUGCAUUGAUUGAGCUGUGCAGAAUUGACAAUAGCUGUGUUGUGAUGAUGACCAAUGACUGAUGGCAGGCGCCUCACAGGUCAGCACCAGGCACAUCAUCAGCAAGCUCUUCUUCGAUGUGGGAGGGGAGGAGCACAGUUCUCCUGUGGAUCCAGAGAGUUUGCAGAAUGAGCUGGACAGAUUGAAAGCUCUUUUGAGUUCGAAAGGUACGGAAAAACCAGCGUUCCGAUGUGUCUCCUGCAGCGAGAGGGACUGGAGGGACAGGCAGAAGACUGUGGACAGCCUGCGGGAGACCGUGGAGAGGCAGAAGGUGGACCUGGAACGUGUCAGGAAGGAGGUUGGAGAGAAGGAGAUGCUCUGCUCUGUGCUCAGGAAACAAAUGAAGUAUCUGGAGAACCAGCAGAACGAAAUCCUGUCUGCGAAGGAGGAGGCCCGACAGCUGAGGACUAAAAUGAAGACCUAUGAGAGCCUGGAUCUGCUCCUUCAGGGUCAGCGGGCUGAAGUGGAAGCUAUGAUUGCAGACAUGGGUGUUGGACAGUCUGCUAUGGAGCAGCUCUCGAUCUACUGCAUCUCCCUCAAGAAGGAGUACGAGAAUCUCAAAACGAGCUACCGGAGCACCAACGAGAUGUGUGAGAAACUGAAGAGGGAAGUUUUUGCUUCUAGUUCAAAGGUGCAGAAGACCAUGCUGGAACUGAACAGGUCCAAGGAGGACUUGAGGACAGUUCAGGAGGACCUGAAGAACGCAGAUAAGGAGAUCACUAGUCUGAAGAAGAAGGUUGAGAUCCUGCAGAAGACCCUCAGCACACCGACUCGCACCAACGAAGCCCUCAGCAGGCUGGUGUUCGAGAGCCCUGCCCCAGUGGAACUGAAGCAGCCUCGUCUCCAUCAGCCAGCAGACAGUGAGGACAUUGACCUCAACGUAACUUUUGACAUCUCCACCCCUGAGCUUGGUGGCAGAAAGCCUGGGCCGGUUCCAUCCAAGAAGAUGCGCAUGGAUGCUGCGGACUCGGCUCCUUCGAGACACGAAGAAAACACCUCAACGGGAAGCAAGGUAUUGCUGCUGGAGCACUCGCACGCUGCUGCCACGAUGCCAUCUACACAGCGCUGCUUCUCACCAUGCUUUUUGCAGAACCGCUCUGUCCGAGACGAAGAGAUCCUCAUUGAGCCCUUCCUGCGCAACUCCAUCCUCUUCAGGAAGAAGACUUUUGGGAGCAUGUUGGAUCCCACGCGGAGCAGAGUGGGCACCGUGAGAACUGGAUUUGAUGGCCUUGGAGGGAGAGCUAAAUUCAUCCAGCCGUCGCCGCUCUCCGAGAUCCGUCCCCUUGCCAUCAAAGCCAAGAGGAAGAAGGUGUCUCGGCCACCGCAGGGCAAGCUUCUCACCCUGGACGGCUUCCUGGAGUGAAGGGCACUUGUGUGUCCAUCACGUGGAUCCGCAGCUAUGCUCAAGUGGACCGCUGCACUUGUCAGUUCCCACUGUCCUGGAGCGGGGUGGCCCUGGGUCCGAGGGGCUGCUGGAGGAGUGCUGCUGACCUGGUCAUCUUCACCUCACACACGCAGAGCUUUGUGUACUCUUGUCAGUCUUUUUUUUGUGAGACUUGUGUACUUGAGAUACUUGCAGGUUCUGACUGUGAAUCAGUUUCAUCACGUGGAAUCACAGCUGACCCAAGCUUUUACAAAGCAUCUUCAAUGAACAAGUGGAAUCUGUCAAAUUACAGGUCACAGCAUUGCUCUUUCUGUCUGUAUGAUGAGUCCUUCAUGUCAGUGAUGUCCCCAGUGGGAGAACUUUGUUUUGUGUACAGUACGUUUUUCAGUACUUAAUGAGUUUGUAGUGUGUCCCUUUAAAGUCUAGUUUUUCCUUUGUAUUUGCAGAUGUUUCAAGGUGGAGUAAAAUAAAAUAUAGUU